GCCACGGGUGUCGGGGUUCAGGGCACCAGGGCGGCGGGGCUCAGGGCCGCGGGUGUCGGGGCACCAGGUUGGUGUCGGGGUGAAGCGAGGCGGCCAUGCCGUGCAGUGGCGACUUGUGGCCGGCCCUGUUCCCGGGACUCAUCGCUGUGCUCGCCCUGCUCGGGGCCGCAGAAGGAGGAGAUCUGGUUGUGUCAAUGAAUUCAAAAAUGGUGGAAGUCUUUGUGAAUAAAGAUGCCCUUCUUGAAUGCCGAGUGUCUGGUUACAAGACCAGUGAGAUCAACCUUCAAAAUGUGGGUGUCAUCUGGUACCUUAAAACGUUGGGGGCCCCCAGGGCGGAAGUGUAUAAAUUCAGCGCAGGAAAGCAUACACCUUACAGAAAAGAUGCUGCGAUUUUUGAUGAUGAGUUAAAGAAGGGAAUUGCCUCUCUCUUCCUGCCACUUGUUCAAUUUAAUGAAGAAGGAGAUUAUACCUGCGUAGUCUUCAUCAGCCCGGACCAGGGAAGCGGCAAAUCUACAAUGAUUGUUUCAGCUAAACCACAAAUGAGUUUAUCCGCAACUGCGAUCACAAUUGAGAAUGGGACGGAGAAAUCGGUGAAAUGUGACAGUACUGCGUUUUACCCCUUGGCCAUUCAGAUAAGCUGGCUCAAGAAAUCAAAGAGUGGAGAACAGAAGAUCCUAGACCACAUUUGCACAGGAGCUCCUGUUAAAAAUGAGGAUGGAACCUACAAUGUGUCGAGCCACAUGAGGCUACGUCCAACACUCCAGGACGAUGGUAACACUUAUGUCUGCUUAGUGAGACAUAGAUCACUUGGUAAGGACACAGAGUUGACCACCCAUCUGACUGUCAGAGAGCCAGAAGUCGUUGUGCCAGGGGGAAUAAUAACAGGCUGUGUUAUUGGUAGUAUACUGCUGUGUUCCUUGAUCAUGAUCGGAGGAUUUUUAAUGUAUCUAAAGAUUUUUAGAAAAGUACCUCCUAAAGUGUCUGAAAUCGACAAACCACCACACAUUAUACAUUUGGAAGAAACUGUUCUGACUUGUCAUAUAUUAGGAUAUAAGCCUGCAAACAUUUCGCUUUGUUGUUUUCUACAAAGAGAGGGGGGAAAUAAAAGUGAGAUUUUCCAAUGGAGCUCUGCACCUGGCCACUCGCAAGCACCUGAAGCUAUUGACCAGCAAAGACUUAUUUGCAACGGCGACUCUGCAAAGGAGUCUUUCCGCAUUGAGAUGACAGCUGUUACACAUGAUGGCCGCCCCAGUGCAAAAUGCAAAAUUAUAUUCAUCCCUGAUAUUGAUAAAGAUGACGGAACUGUCCUCUUUCUUCACGUUUUACAUAGCACUCUUGGAAAGCCUAUUAUUAAAUCCAUCCAAUUGAAAGUUGAAGGAAUUGCACCAAAGAUGACUAAUAUUCUUGCUCCGCCUCACAUUAUUCAUGAAGAGAUGAUUGCUCUGUCUUGUCCUAUUGACGGAUUUAAGCCAAGACCACUGGCCAUCACCUGGUACCAAAAACCCAACAAAGCAAAAGAGAACAUGGGAUUGAAAGAAAUUGUGAGAACUGUGUUUGGAAGCGAAGAUGUUAUUGCUGCUGGGGAAAAGGAUCUGCCUAAAUAUUCCCACUCUCUAAAUGAGUUGACCAAUGAAGACAAUACUUAUAGUGUCACCAGUUUCCUAAAAUUUACACCGACGAUUCUCGCAGACCAUGAAACAGUGUAUGUUUGUGAAGUUGAACAUCCAGCUACGGCUUCAAACACACAACAUCAGGUCAAACUUGACGUAAAAGCAAUCCCAGAAUGUGAAGACAUUAAGUUGGCGCCGGAAAUUCCAAUUGCAGAAGAAUUUGCUGUUUCAGCCUGCAGGAUACAUUCCUUCUUCCCAAAGAACAUUACAGUUACUUGGAAAAUGGAUAACAAACUAAUGCAGGAAACUAAAGCUGAAACUGAACCCACCUUGGGCUCCGAUGGUCGUUAUAGCUUCACAGAUCAUCUGAAGUUCAUCCCUGCGAGAGAAGACCUUGGAAAGAUAUUAACCUGCAAAUUCCAGCAUGAAAGUAUCAUCGGCACAAAAAGAACUGACCGUAAAUUGGAUAAACUGAUGUCUCCACCGUUAUUGGACGACAUGAAAAUUCAACCACAAUAUCCCAAACCAGGAGAUUUGACAACAUUCUCGUGCCAUGCACGUGGCUUCUAUCCAAAGGAUGUUAAGUUCAUGUGGUUCAAAAAUGAGAAGAUGAUUGAUGCUAAAGAGAUCACUUUUACUGACCCAGAGAUCGAUAAAAACACUGGCUUCUUCUGCUGUGAAAGCCAGUGGAAGUAUAAGAUUUUACCUGAUGACCAUCAAAUCAAUUUCAAAGUUGAGGCUCUUCACUUUCAAACUGCUCAUCGACCCGCUAAGGUCUUUCACUGCUUACUCCUUGGAGGAACUCCAAUGCUUUCUGAUAUAAUUCUUGAGCCAGAAACUCCAUUCUAUGGCCAGCCUCUAGUUCUUAAAUGCAACGUGACCAAUUUUUCUCAGAAUGGAAUCACCACCAAUUGGCUAAUGGACAAUAAACCUAUUUUGAAAGGAGUCAGGAAUACAGACCCCAGGGAGGAACAAGAUGGAAUUUAUCAGUUGUGCUCCUGUCUGGACCUGACACCCACAGCUUUUCAUUACAACAAGAAACUUGUCUUUGAGGUGAAAGAUGAAGUUACAUCUGAAGUUAUUACCAAACACUUAUAUUUACCACUUCCAGGUAAUGUCCCCAAUGUGUCUGAAAUCAACUGCAAAGCUCCAGAGGAAAGCACAGAGGCAUCUUUCACGGUUUCGUUGACUGAUUAUGUACCUCAGAAAAUUGAGGUGAAGUGGUUCAAAGGAGAACAACCCUAUGCAGGGCCUGUCCAUAAUAGUCAACCUCGGGUUGCCACCACUGGCCUCUUCUCUUCAACAACAGAAAUAAAAUUUAUUCCAGAACCAUCUGAUCAUGACUUGGAAAUCAGAUGUGAGAUAUUUCAUCUGGAAACAAAGAAAAGGAUUUACCGAAAGUGUCGCUUAACAUUUUGAGAUGCUGCCUGGUCUGCUGACUAUUUCCAGAGGGAUUUUGUACCAAUAUGUAAAGUUAACUUUAUAUCUUGCCAUAAGCUGUGAGCCUUGGAGGAGUUGGAGGAUCAAUCACUGUAGCAAUUUUGGGAACUAAGGAGCAAACUAAAAAAGGAGACCAGAAGGGCAAAAGAGGGCCAGGUAGCACUGGCCGGCAGCAUAAAAGACAAUCCCAAAAGAUUUUAUGAAUACAUAAGGGGGAAAGGGGGAACUAGAGAGAGAGUGGGACCUCUCAGGAAU